AUGGGAGUUGAUGAGAAAGCAUUGAUAAGUACACUGGGGAAUUCACACAAGGAUCACCGAAGAUUGUUUAGGAAAGCAAGCAAAAAUUUCUUUGUGGAAGAUGAGGAAAGAGCUUUUGAGAAAUGCCAUGAUACCUUUGUCAAACAUCUCAAGCUUGAGUUCUCUCGCUUCAAUGUCAGUUUCUUCAUUCAUCUAAUUUCCUUCUUUUGA